CGGAAUUAGGUUACUAAUUGAUGACUAACUAGAUUGUACCCUUCGCCAUCCAUCAGCCCCGCAAUGGCGAGGAAUUUCAUCCGGAGUGCCAACAGGAGCGUUUGUCCAUUUGUCACACAGCGCCUUGGUUCUCCUGAGAGCUUCCAAAUCAUCACAUGACACGGGAGAUGCGGCUCAAAGUUGCUUCUGCAUGCGACUCCUGUAGAGCCCGAAAAGUCAAAUGUAAUGGAGCCAAACCAGUAUGUGAUGUAUGCGAGAGGCGGAAAAGAGCAAAUCCAUGCACCUACGGUGGGAAGAAACUGGUUGAAGUUGCCCACUCUGGCAAUCUAAGGCGACAGGAUUCCGGCGCUCAUUCGUCUCAUCCAAGCUCUUCUCGUUCUUACGGAAGGCGUCGAGCUAGUGCAUCACCUGAGGCAUGUCGAAUCAUCACCCCUGUCUCCCAGGAAAGGCCCGAUCCAGGUAGAGAACUACCCUCUACGGAGGGAGUUGAUUCCAUGAUCGGCACAAUUGGGAGAGUCACUGACGCGCCAGAGUUCUUUGGCAAGAGCAGUGCAGGUUCCUUCAUGCGGCAGAUGCAAGCCGGGAUUGACUCUCAACUAAAUCAGCUGUCUGGGAAUGCCGACAGCCAUAUUGAGUCCGGACCUGAUAUGACGGAACCUGAUCCAGCCAUCUGCUCUGACGGAUCGAGAUUUCACUAUGUGCUGCCCGCACGCAGAACAGCAGAUUCUCUUGUACAGCAUUACUGGGAGUUGACUUAUCCGGUUUAUCCGUUUCUCGAUCGUGCUUCCUUUGAGGAGGACUAUCAGGCCCUGUGGACAGGCUCACCCACCAGACUUCCUGAACGUAUUGUAGUAGCUCUGGUCAACAUUGUAUUCGCGCUGGGUACGCAGGUCUCACGAGCUGUACCGCCUGAGCAGCGACAGAAGGCCGCAAAGACAUACUACGACGAAACGCAAAACUCGCUUUCGGGGAUCUCUUGGGAUAAGAGCUCUCUUGAGCUUGUCUCGUGUCUUUUGCUUACAGGCGUCUUUUUGCAGACGAUCAAUAGACCGCAGCGAUGCUGGAUGGUGAUAGGCUAUGCUAUCAGAAUGGCUGAAAGUCUCGGACUUCAUAUGCCGGAGUAUGGCAUAGGGACGCAAUCUAGACGAUGGACUCAACUUGCACGAAGGGUUUGGCAUGGUUGCGUGUUGAUGGACCGUGUGUUAUCCAUGACUCUCGGUCGACCGGGAAUGAUCUCCAUUUCUUUGGCUACCGCAGUUCCCCUACCGUUGGAGAUUGACGAGGAUUUCGUAGACACUCAGUCAGAGGGCUUUUCAGUAAGACCAGAUGGACAUCAAUGCCGGAUUUCAUUCUACAUCCACCAACUUCACUUUUACGGAAUAAUCAACGACAUUCUUCAGACCUUCUACGUGACUGGUAGUGAACAGCACCAGGAAGCUGACAAUAUUGUGAAAGCGCUACGACUAGAAAGUUCUCUCAUGGCCUGGAAUCGGAAACUGCCACCAUUUCUGCGCGAGUCAUCCCCUGUGCACGAGAAGAACAUCUGUUUGCAACGACUGGCAAUCAUCAACAAAGUCCGGUUUCUUCAUGGCCGAAUUCUACUCUUCCGACCGAUUGUGGCUCAACUAUGCCUGGAACGAGACAAAGAUAAUGGUCUUAGCGCGACGUGGGUUGAGAGCCUUGCCCGACAUACUGUCAUAAAAGGCUCGAACUUAUGCCUGAAGGAUUCACAUCAGGUGAUAGACCUAAUCUAUAGGUAUCUGGACCGCGACACGGUGACUGGACCACUUCCCUCAUGGUGGUACUGUGUUCUUUAUGUCUACACAGCCGCGACAGUCCUUCUGGCCGAACGACUGCAGCCAGUCAUCGCAGUGGGCAUUACCGAAUACUCGACUGACGUCUCAUGGCGACAUGCUAUUGAGAUCCUCUCUGCAUAUGCCCGGGUCGGCGAUUCAGCAAAGAGGUGUGUAGCUGUGUUGGAAGCAUUGUCGGCCAGGAUUGACCAGGCGCCCGGUUUCAAUUCAGAACAACCCAUUAUAGGGUCUAGUCCUGUGCCAUUCUCCUUUGAAUUCUUCCGGGAGGAUUUUGGCUUUAGUAGCGAGGGAUUCAAUCUCGAUGACAUGUUGUGGCUUAACGGUCUACCUGGCAACUUAUGAUAAUCUUGAAUUAUAUUAUGAAGACAGGGACACAGUCCUAUUUUUCGCGGUCUAUACACCAGGAUUGAUUAUGCCAUCC